GUGGGCGGGGCUUAGCUCCGGGUGCGUGGCGGGGCUGGCAGGUCCUGACAGUCCUCGUCCCCGCGCGCCUGCUCUGGUUCUCCUCGCUGCUCGCUAGCCAGCCAUGACAGGCUCACUGUUCAAGGGGAACUUUUGGACUUCAGACAUCCUCAGCACCAUUGGCUACGACAGCAUCAUCCAGCAUCUGAACAAUGGCCGCAAGAACUGCAAAGAGUUUGAAGACUUUUUAAAAGAAAGGGCAUCAAUUGAAGAGAGAUAUGGCAAAGAUCUGCUCAGCCUCGCUAGGAAGAAGCCAUGUGGACAGUCUGAGACCAACACCCUGAAGCGAGCCCUUGAAGUCUUCAAGCAGCAAGUAGACAAUGUGGCACAAAGUCACAUUCACCUUGCCCAGACUCUCAGAGAAGAAGCCAGGAAGAUGGAAGAAUUCCGGGAAAAGCAAAAGUUACUACAGAAAAAGACGGAGCUUAUAAUGGAUGCUGCCCAUAAACAAAAGAGCUUACAAUUCAAGAAAACCAUGGAUGCAAAGAAGAACUAUGAGCAGAAAUGCCGAGACAAAGAUGAAGCUGAGCAGGCUGUCCACCGCAGUGCCAACGUGGCAAACCCGAAGCAACAAGAAAAGCUUUUUGUGAAACUGGCAACUUCAAAGACUGCAGUAGAAGACUCGGACAAGGUGUACAUGCUGCACAUCAACACGCUGGACAAGGUCCGGAAUGAGUGGCAGAGCGAGCACAUCAAGGCCUGCGAGGUACCUGGAAGCGCACGGGCGGGUCUUUCUCCCUCUACUUUCAUAGAAUUGCUUGAAGGCAAAUUAGAAAUGUGGACUGUGUUUGAGACUCAAGAAUGUGAACGAAUAAACUUCUUUCGAAAUGCACUGUGGUUACAUAUGAAUCAGCUCUCACAACAAUGCGUCACAAGUGAUGAGAUGUAUGAAAAAGUCCGUAAGAGUUUAGAGAUGUGCAGUAUCGAGAAGGACAUUGAGUACUUUGUGAAUCACCGCAGAACUGGACAGACUCCACCAGCACCCAUCAUGUAUGAGAAUUUUUACUGCCCCCAGAAGAAUGCAGCCCCACCAGGAAAGGCUACAGGGCCUAACUCGGCAAGGAGAGGACCUCUCCCAAAUCCUAAAAGCCUACCAGAUGACCCUGAUUACUCUUUGCUUGAUAAUAACUACAGUUUGAUCUAUCAGUAACAUCAGUGAAAACAAAGCUUUUCCUGGCUGGUGCUUCUAAGGUGUGGAAGGAAGCACUUAAAGCAGCAGAAUCUAUAGAAAUUAUGUCAAUCAUGAAGACUUUGAAGUGAACCCUUGCUAUGAUUUUUUAAUAUUUUUAAAUUUAUGGCAGUCAUUUAGUUCAACUUAAUCUAGUAGAGUUCUGCAGUUUUUAAAAGCCUGUAAAUUGCCCAAGACUGAAGAAUUAUCCUUUCCUAAUCAAGUUACUAAAAUUGUAUGUUUUCUACUUGAUUCAGGAAAGUCUUUGGAUUUAAAACUUUGACUUGGGGUUUGGGAAGGGUGAAGAGGAGUCUGAGCCAGCAACCUGCUCAAGAAGCUCCUUUGCCUUUGAGGGCAGCGUGGCUAUGGAAUUUCCAUAGUGACACGUAACUCUCAGUGGUGCAAGAUUCAAAAUCACCUUCCUUUUUGGCUGGAAGAUUUAAAGGCCAUCUGAUAGCACUUUCUCAUUUUGCAGAUGAGGAAAUGGGGCCCAGAAGUGUGAAAUCAAUCUCCCUACAGUUAGGGACAGACACAGAAGUAGAGGGCAAGCUCAUCCCACAUUAUCGUCCUUCUAAUGCUUCCUGAGGCUGUGAUGCUCAUGUUGAAAUUUGAGACACCAAAGUUUUUGCUGGCAUCUUUUCAGCUGAAGCAAUUACUAGGGUUUAAAUGUCAGGUUUAUUUUUAUAUGGCUCACUAUGUGUACUGAACUACAGAGCACCAUAUUUAAUCUAAGAAGCAAUUCAUUGUAAAACAUCCCAUUAUUUAUAUGCCGCUAAGAAAGUCAGUAGAGGAGCUGAUGCUUGUGACAAUGGCCAAGCCCACUGGAAUUUGAAUUUCUAAAGUGUAGGGGACAAUACAUCCUAGAAUCAAUGAAAUAUGGUGUUUUGACUCUAUCCCCGAAGAGAAUUUCAGACUUACAAAGCCGGUACUCAAUCUUGAGUCUUCACAGAGAAGCUUCUCCUUGUUAGAUCCUGGAAUUUUUAAAGUGUCAAUCUUACCCCCUCACAAGUAUCUGAGUCUUGUUUGGUCACCCACAAACAGCCCAGAGAUUGUGUACCUUGGUCUAAAAUUCACACUGAGUAAACAGUGCAUUUUAGGUAAUGACAAGUUAAAAUCACACUGGCAUGGUUGUAACAUUCUGGUACCACAAAGAGCAAACACUUUCCUUUUCUGCUCUGUGCAUAGCUUUCCCAGAAGUAUGGACAAAGUGAUUGAAGGAAGGCUGAUUAUUUCCCCUUUUUGCAUAAGGUGCUGCUGGAAGAGGCAGCUUCUCGUCAUGGCCGGACACUUGCAUCAGCUGGAUAUCCUUUUGAGAAACUGAAGUUUGCAAAGGGCCAUUGACUUCCCCAAAAUGAACAGGCUCAGGAAAUUUUCCUUUGAACUCGGAACAUUCUAUUUUUAAGUAUUUUAUUUAUUAUUAGCAGGUCCUCAGGGAUUUCAGUUUUCUCUCUAUUGGUCAGUGUAACUGAUGUAAAAUGUUUUAAGAAUUGAAAAUAUUUUUAUUUUAUUGCUCUGCCAGUUUGAUAUGAAGUGAAAUAAAGAUUCUUGGUGAUUUGGUGUUUA